CAUAAUUGUUCAAAAAAUAAAAUAAACGUCAAUAUUUGACAACAAUCAAAUGUCAAAUAGAAUUAACCUACAAUAUUUAGUUCGAAUAAAAACAUUAUCGGUGGCUUAGGCUUUUGCCGCAGUAUAGCCUCAAGAACCAUCAAACCAUGUCGAUAAACAGAUUAUCUAGAUUACCAAUAACUUUUAAUAAAGUAGGUGACAAAGUCAAAUUUCCUGCGAAAUUGAAAGGAACGAUUGUGGAAAAAUGGGCAGACUAUUGGAAGAAUCUUUUCAUCGACUAUCGACAAAUGCUCCAGGACCUACGCACAGACAUUCAGGAUGAUCCGAUUAAAGCUCUAAAAUGGACGAUAGGACUAACAACAGUCUACGCCUUAGCUAAGAAUAACCCGGAUGAAUUAGACUUUAAAGACAGAUUGAGGAAAAUACACAACGAAGUUGCUUUGGUCAGUGAAGAAUGCCUAAACCCAAAGUCCUACGCGCACUUACGACACCUUGAAACUAGCUAUAACCAAGGCACUAUCCAUUACAAGAGUUUUGGAAUAGCUUCAGUAAUGUACACCUCAGAUAUAAGUGAAUCAUGUGAUAUGUACAAAGCUCACUGUUCUUAUAUGCAACCUUCAAUAUUUAGUUUUCCAUCAAGAAUAGUUGACUUUGGAUUUAUGGGCAACUGGUGGAACAUUUAUAUUAAAAUGACAAAUUACGAUGUGAACUUCUGAAAUUAUUGUUCUUGGAUUGAUACUUAGUCAACUUAGUGUGGAUUUAGUUGUCAUAUAUACAGCAAUGUUUAUUAGUAAAUUUGUUAAAUGUUUAAGAAAUAAAAGUUAAUAAUUCCAGA